CGGCGCGGGCAGCGGCGGUUCCGGCGGGUGACCCUGGCGAGUCCUUCUGUGCGGCGGGAGCGCGAUGGGGCAGCGCGGCGAGCCCGAGGAGGAAGAGGAAGAGCUCGUGGACCCCCUGACCACGCUGCGGGAGCAGUGCGAGCAGAUAGAGAAAUGCGUGAAGGCGCGGGAGCGGCUGGAGCUGUGUAACGAGCGGGUGUCCUCCCGCUCCGAGACAGAGGAGCAGUGCACAGAGGAGCUCUUCGACUUCCUGCACGCCAGGGACCACUGUGUUGCUCACAAGCUUUUCAGUAAGCUGAAGUGAAGGGGGCAUGGUUGUCCAUCUGCUUCCACAGCCGGUACCAGCGGUUCCUGGGUCACAGUUCUGUUUCCUGCAGUCCAUCCUCCUU